CUGAGCCUUGUGGGCCGGGCAGCCAUUUUGGGAAGAGCUUUGUUAUGGUUGUGGGCUAGUCACCUCUGCCAGGUCAAGGAAGCUGGGGCCCCGGUCCCCAGACGUCGCGUCUUGUCCCCCGGUGUCGCCCCGCUGCUGCCCGAGUGGUGAAUUUUCGUGGCCUUUUUAAUGAUUGAAAUGGAUCCAAAGUUAUGAGUGACUUCUAUUGAAGCAGAUUGCAAGAUUCUUCAAAUCACCUUCCAGUAGCUGGAUUCAGUUUUGGGGAAGAAGAGCAAGUGAAAUAGAGAGAACGGAAGAGAAGAACCUCAUUUGGAUCCUUGACUAUCCCUUACUCUCAUCUUUUUACUUGUUUUAGUUUUCCUUUGGAUUUAUUAAGACCAAAGAAAUAGAAUAUACAUUUAGGAGCUUUAUACCAAGAAAUUUGCCUUGAAAGCUGCUAUUUCGUGGAGGGAAAAGCAUAUCAAGUUCCUGUGUGAUUUUUUUUUUUUUAAUGUUAUGAGCAAGAUUCGAUAGUCCUUAGCUUUUGAAGGUUAGGAAAAAUACAUAUCUGCACACUUUUUAGUAGUUGUGAGAUAAUGAGAUUUGUGCUUUAAGGGCUUUGUCAUGUGGAUAUUUUGCUACUGGAAUUGACUACUUUGAGCUCUUUUAUAGUGCUUUAAUGUAUUUUUCAUUUGUCACCUUGAUGACAGUGUUUGCCCACAUAUAAGCCCACCUGUGUUUCUAGCUAUGACCUUGUUAUGAGCAGUGCUUGUCCUCACAGUGCAGAUGUCCAUGAAUUACCUAUUUAAGCUACAUCAUAGUGCCAUUACUCAAGGAAGUUGAAUGAGGUGAAUAUAGACAUAGCUCUUUCCCCUUCCCCCCUUUUUUAAAUGUAACAAAUACUUUUUAUGUUCCCCUUCCCCCUUCCCCUUCCCCCUUCCCCUUAUUUGGAAACGUGUCACAAACUAGAUAGUUUAAGAUGAGCAAUUGAGGGGACUGAGAGAGAUCCACGCGGAGCCUGGCUUUUCUGUGCUUCAUCACAAGACGUGCUGCUGGCCAGGCUACUUAAGCAUCCUUUUCACAAGAAAAUCCCGUGAGAGUCCCAGCUGGCAGACUCAAGGAGUUCGGAAAACAGGACCACAGAGGUUGUGCUCUGGGAUCCUGGCCAUGAGGUUGGAUGCCUCCCCUUGCUAAAAGGAGACACUGGACCUAAAUGGCGCAGCAUGACUUUGUUCCUGCUUGGCUAAAUUUCUCCACACCACAGUCAUCUAAGUCACCUACAGCCACCUUUGAAAAACACAGAGAACAUCUUCCUCGAGGAGAAGGUAGAUUUGGAGUAAGCCGCCGUCGACACAAUUCCUCUGAUGGCUUUUUUAACAAUGGACCCUUACGGACUACAGGUGAGCCUUAUUCCUGGCACCAGCCCUCCCUGUUUCGCCAUGAUUCUGUAGACUCUGGUGUCUCUAAAGGCGCGUAUGCUGGAAUCACCGGGCAUCUCUCUGGUUGGCAUGGCUCAUCGCGAGGUCAUCAUGAUGGUGUGAGCCAGCGCAGUGCAGGUGCACCUGGGAACCAUCGACACUGGAAUGGCAGCCUGCACACCCGGAAAGGCUGUGCCUUUCAAGAAAAGCCUCCAACAGAGAUUAGGGAAGAAAAGAAAGAAGACAAGGUGGAAAGGUUGCAGUUUGAAGAGGAAGAUUUUCCUUCUUUGAAUCCAGAAGCUGGCAAACAGAAUCAGCCAUGCAGACCUAUUGGGACCCUUUCUGGAGUGUGGGAAAACCCACCUAGUGCCAAGCAAUCUUCCAAGAUGUUAGUCAUCAAAAAAGUUUCCAAAGAGGAUCCUGCUGCUGCGUUCUCUGCUGCGUUCACCUCCGCAGGAUCUCACCAUGCAAAUGGGAACAAAGCAUCAACCAUGGUUCCAAGUGUCUAUAAGAACUUGGUUCCUAAGCCUGCGCCACCUCCUUCCAAGCCCAAUGCAUGGAAAUCUAACAGAAUGGAACACAGGUCGGGCUCCCUUUCCUCUAACCGGGAGUCUGCUUUCACCAGUCCUGUCUCUGUUACUAAGCCAGUGGUACUGGCUGGUGCUGCACUUCUAAACUCUCCCAAAGAGAGUCCCUCCAGCACCACUCCUCCAAUUGAGAUCAGCUCCUCUCGUCUGACCAAGUUGACCCGCCGAACCACUGACAGGAAGAGUGAGUUCCUGAAGACUCUAAAGGAUGACCGGAAUGGAGACUUCUCAGAGAACAGAGACUGUGACAAACCUGAGGGUUCGGAGGACAACAGCACACCUGAACCAAAGGAAAAUGGAGAAGGCUGUCAUCAGAAUGGUCUUUCUCUCCCUGUAGUAGAAGAAGGGGAAGUCCUCUCACACUCUCUGGAAGCAGAGCACAGGUUACUGAAAGCAAUGGGAUGGCAGGAAUAUCCUGAAAAUGAUGAAAGUUGCCUUCCUCUAACGGAAGAUGAACUCAAAGAGUUCCACAUGAAGACAGAGCAGCUAAGAAGAAAUGGCUUUAGGAAAAAUGGUUUCCUGCGGAGUCGCAGUUCCUGCCUCUUCUCCCCUUGGAGGAGCACUGGUAAAGCAGAGGUGGAGGACUCCGACACAGAGACCAGUAGCAGCGAAACAUCAGAUGACGAUGCCUGGAAGUAGACAUGCAGAUACUCACGGUUACAUCUGACCCAACAACCUCGGCUUGUGUGUUGAGGGAGUGUACGAGAGAUUGCUCUUUUCCUUUCCUUACCUUUUUAUUGAAUUCAUGCACAAGGGAAAUAAUCAACCCAAAGAGAAAGCGAUUGGCUUGUUUAGCUUUUGUUGUUGUUUUCCAUGUUAUCUGCUUAAUAGAAAGAGGUUGGGGGGUGAAGAUUUGUACAAUGUAUGUAUGCACACCCCCCCAGUACAUGUGGGGCAAUGCACAGGUGGGAGCUGGCAGUGUGGGGAGGCAGGGCAGCCCCUGGUCUGCAGCAGCAGCUUUGCUCCAGCCCUGGGGCGCUCACUCUGUGCUCAAGCAAUCAUUGUCAAUGACAAAGUGACUAUUGAAGUUAUAAUUGUAUUAAAUUAAUGCUAAUAAUUUGGAUAUUUUAUUUUAUUUUUGGCUGCUCGGGUAACUUAGCCCUUAACCAAGCAUAUGUGGUUUUUUUUGUUGUUGUGUUUUUUUGUUUUGUUUUUCAUUUUACUUUUUGGGUACAGUUGUAAAAUAUUUGGAUAUAGGAAAUGUGUUAUUCUUGCAGCCUUGAUAUUCAGGGUGGAUUGUAAAAUAUAAAUUUUUGUGAGAUUUCAAAGAUUAAGAUUAUUUUGAUAACAUUAUUUACAGAUUUAAAAGAUGUGGUUAUCACAAGUCUGUUGAGGGGAAAAACUACUGCAUAAAAUAACUAACUUGGAAUAAAUAUUUUGCAUCAGUUUGGA